UGCAGAAAUGUUGGAAUCCAAUAAUAUAAUCACUUUCAAUGGACUGUCCAAUAGCUCCAGUUACCACACUUUCCUUUUGGAUGAGGAACGGAGUAGACUGUAUGUUGGAGCAAAGGAUCACAUAUUUUCUUUCAACCUGGUUAACAUCAAGGAAUAUCGAAAGAUUGUUUGGUCGGUAUCUCAUACCCGAAGGGACGAGUGCAAGUGGGCUGGAAAAGAUAUUCUCAAGGAAUGUGCUAAUUUCAUCAAGGUGCUUAAGGCUUACAACCACACACACUUGUAUGCCUGUGGAACUGGGGCUUUUCAUCCAAUUUGCACCUAUAUUGAAAUUGGACGCCAUCCCGAGGACAACAUUUUUAAAAUAGAAGAUUCUCAUUUUGAAAAUGGCCGAGGGAAAAGUCCCUAUGACCCCAAGUUGCUGACAGCUUCUCUUUUGAUAGAUGGAGAGUUGUACUCUGGGACAGCGGCAGACUUCAUGGGUCGAGAUUUUGCCAUUUUCCGAACUCUGGGCCACCAUCAUCCAAUCAGGACAGAGCAGCAUGAUUCUCGGUGGUUAAAUGAUCCCAGGUUUAUUAGUGCCCACUUAAUACCUGAGAGUGACAACCCAGAAGAUGACAAAAUCUAUUUCUUUUUCCGAGAAAAUGCAAUUGAUGGGGAGCACUCUGGAAAAGCCACCCAUGCCAGAAUUGGGCAGAUCUGUAAGAAUGACUUUGGUGGACACAGAAGCCUUGUUAAUAAAUGGACAACUUUCCUUAAAGCACGCCUUAUUUGUUCUGUGCCAGGGCCGAAUGGCAUUGAUACUCAUUUUGAUGAACUCCAGGAUGUGUUUCUAAUGAACUCAAAGGACCCUAAAAAUCCAAUAGUCUACGGAGUGUUUACAACUUCCAGUAACAUCUUCAAGGGGUCGGCAGUGUGUAUGUACAGCAUGACUGAUGUGAGAAGGGUGUUUCUGGGUCCCUAUGCUCACAGAGAUGGCCCCAACUACCAGUGGGUUCCUUAUCAAGGACGAGUGCCAUACCCACGGCCAGGAACUUGUCCCAGUAAAACAUUUGGAGGCUUUGAUUCUACGAAAGACCUUCCUGAUGAAGUUAUCACAUUUGCAAGAAGUCAUCCAGCUAUGUACAACCCUGUGUUCCCUAUCAAUAACCGCCCUAUUAUGAUCAAAACAGAUGUGGAUUACCAGUUCACACAGAUAGUAGUAGACCGAGUAGAUGCAGAGGAUGGCCAGUACGAUGUUAUGUUCAUUGGAACAGAUAUUGGGACUGUUCUGAAAGUGGUUUCAAUUCCUAAGGAGACUUGGCAUGAUUUAGAGGAAGUCUUGCUGGAAGAAAUGACAGUCUUUCGGGAACCUACCAUUAUUUCAGCAAUGAAGAUUUCCACAAAGCAGCAACAGCUCUACAUUGGCUCAGCAACUGGAGUUUCACAGCUUCCUUUGCACCGCUGUGAUGUGUAUGGGAAAGCGUGUGCCGAGUGUUGCCUUGCUAGAGACCCGUACUGUGCUUGGGAUGGCUCUUCUUGUUCCCGUUACUUUCCCACUGCUAAAAGACGUACUAGACGACAAGAUAUCCGAAAUGGAGACCCUCUUACUCAUUGCUCGGAUCUGCAGCACCAUGAUAACCCAAGUGGGCAAAGCCUGGAAGAAAAGAUUAUCUAUGGAGUAGAGAACAGCAGCACGUUUUUGGAGUGCAGUCCAAAAUCUCAGCGUGCAUUAGUCUACUGGCAAUUCCAAAAGCAAAAUGACGACCGAAAAGAAGAGAUAAAAGUGGAUGAUCGUUUGAUCAGGACUGAUCAGGGCCUUCUGCUACGGACCCUUCAGCGGAAAGACUCUGGCACUUACUUUUGUCAUGCGGUGGAGCAUGGCUUCAUGCAAACUCUGCUCAAAGUGAUCCUGGAGGUAAUUGAUUCUGAACACUUGGAAGAGCUGCUUCAUAAAGAAGAAGAUGGUGAGAGCUCCAAGGCUAAGGAGGCAUCCAACAGCAUGACCCCUAGUCAAAAAGUUUGGUAUAGAGACUUUAUGCAGUUAAUUAACCACCCCAACCUCAAUACGAUGGAUGAGUUCUGUGAACAGGUUUGGAAAAGGGACCGCAAACAACGUCGGCAAAGACCAGCCAAUGCCCAGGUGAAUACUAAUAAGUGGAAGCACCUACAAGAAAAUAAGAAAGGUAGAAACAGGAGGACCCACGAAUUUGAGAGGGCACCACGGAGUGUCUGAGCUACAUUACCUCUAGGAACCUCAUCCAAGUAGAAACUUGUGUAGACACAUAACUGGAAAAAAUGCAAUAUACAUGAACUUUUUCAUGGCAUUAUGUGGAUGUUUACAAGGGUGGGAAGCUCAAACAAUUUCCACCAGGUUUAAAUAAAGUAACCUUCCUAGCAACUCCUUGCCCAUUCUUUCCACCAGUAUCCAGCUUACUAGAGUUUUAUGGAUGAAAAAACACCCUGGACCUACCUUUAUUGCUCAAAGAGUUCUUCGAGGGAAAGACAAAUGUUGCUUUCUCUUUUGCCCAAGAUAUAAAAAUGUCAUAUAUUUCAUGCUGCCAUUAAAAAGGAAAGAAGCCCACCUUUCAUCAGAGGUACCACCUUUCCUGAACCUAAGUAUAAAACUGCAUGGACUUGUUAAGCUGAUGAACAUCCUAACAUGUGAUUGGACACAAGGAUUUUGCUUUGUUUGGUCUACCAGUUCUCCUGCUUAUAUGUACUGGAAGAGUUUUAAAAAAAGACUGAAGGAGAUUGUCUGUGGAAAUCUGAACAGCAUAAGCCAUCCAUCAUCCAGAGGAACAAAAGAAAAAAGUUGGAGUACACUGGCCUACUACUGAUGACUUCUUUCAGCUUUGAUCUAAAGAUGUAUUUUAUUAAAAUGAUAAUUUAAAUAUACCAUGGCAAAUAUGCAGCAAACAUUAGCUCUUUUCUAAAAUAGAUUAGACUUUUUCUCUUAGAAAUAUUGUACUUUCUAAUUAUUGAUUUAAAGGAAAAAAAAAAACCCUUCCAAUUAUGAGCUGCUUUAUUCUUUUGUUUGAAAUUUUUUUCAAGGCAGUAAGUCACACUGCAGUUAACCCACUCUCCUUUAACCCAAGGUUCUAUAUGACAAGUAACUUCUAAGCAGUUGUAAAACUAAGCUAUUUUAACACAAAAGUCUCUGUAUGGCAUGGAAGUCUUUUGCAUUUUUUAAUUCUUUUUUAAAUGUCUAUGUAAAAGAUCAACUUGUACAAUAUCUUGAUACCAAGCAAAAUAGAUGGAACCAAUGAAGAACAAAGCAUUUGAUUUAAGUUAUAUAUAUUUUUAUUUCAAAAACAUUAAAAAAAACCCUUCCCUU